CAAACUCUCUGAAUAAUCCUGAGGUUUCUGUCAGUGGUUCCAGAUGUAGAGCUGGAGAGAAACCAUUUCGCUGCUCUCAGUGUUGGAAAAGAUUUGUCUUCGAGAGAAAUCUGAAGAGACACAUGUUAACGCAUACAAGAGAGAAACCAUCAAGCUGCUCAGUCUGUAAGAAAACUUUUACACAAAGUGGGAAUUUACUGAAACACAUGAGAAUCCACACUGGAGAGAAACCGUACAGCUGCUCUGUUUGCGGAAAAGCUUUCAGUGAUAGUGGAAAUUUGAAGGUGCAUAUGAGAUCUCAUUCAGGAGAGAAACCAUUCAGCUGCUCACUGUGUGGGAAAGGUUUUAGCUUCAAGUCACAUCUGAAGAAACAUAUACGAACUCAUACAGGAGAGAAACCAUUCAGCUGCUCAGUGUGUGGAAAGAGUUUCAGUGAUAGUGGAAAUCUGAAAGUUCACAUGAGAGCGCACACAGGAGAGAAACCAUUCAGCUGCUCACUUUGUGAGAAAUCUUACACACAGAGUGGCGAUUUACAGCGACACAUACAAAUCCACACAGGAGAGAAACCAUUCAGCUGCGCAGAGUGUGGGAAAAGAUUUGGCUUCAAGUCACAUCUGAAGAAACACACAAUAACCCACACAGGCGAGAAAAGGUUCAGCUGCAGUGUUUGUGACCAACAAUUCACUUGGUUUUAUCAGCUCAGGAGCCAUAAAUGUGUCGGUCAUCAGUUAUCUCUUCUUCAUCAGGAAAACAGAGAGGAAGAACCUCCAGCCAUCAGCGAGGAGUCAUGUUUUCAGUCAGGUUUAGAUGCUCUAAAUAAGAGGGAUGUGAUGUGUGACACCGAUGAGAAACAAUUGCUGCUGAGUUUGUUGUAAAAUGUUGGGCAUCUAAAAGAGACGCAUUAGAAUUCACAAGAGAGAAACCCGUCAGCUGCUCAGUGUUUGGGGAAAAGGUUUAAGAAGUCACAUGUUCACAGUUAUCAGUGUGUUUUUUUGACAGUAGUAGAAGCAAAACUGCUGGUUCAGAUGAAACUCUUGAGAAACGGGAUUGAACCAGGUCUUCGUCAAUUCAGCAUGGUGUUCAUUUACUAAGUUAUGGUCCUUUUGGGGACUUUAAAGCAGGUCUUCUUCAGUCCGACAUGGUGUUUAUUUACUAAGUUAUGGUCCUUUUGGGGACUUUAAAGCAGGUCUUCUUCAGUCCGACAUGGUGUUUAUUUACUAAGUUAUGGUCCUUUUGGGGACUUUAAAGCAGGUCUUCUUCAGUCCGACAUGGUGUUCAUUUACUAAGUUAUGGUCCUUUUGGGGACUUUAAAGCAGGUCUUCUUCAGUCCGACAUGGUGUUCAUUUACUAAGUUAUGGUCCUUUUGGGGACUUUAAAGCAGGUCUUCUUCAGUCCGACAUGGUGUUCAUUUACUAAGUUAUGGUCCUUUUGGGGACUUUAAAGCAGGUCUUCUUCAGUCCGACAUGGUGUUCAUUUACUAAGUUAUGGUCCUUUUGGGGACUUUAAAGCAGGUCUUCUUCAGUCCGACAUGGUGUUUAUUUACUAAGUUAUGGUCCAGUUAGUCACAGAGACCUUAAAGCAGGUCUUCUUCAGUCCGACAUGGUGUUCAUUUACUAAGUUAUGGUCCUUUUGGGGACCUUAAAGCAGGUCUUCUUCAGUCCGACAUGGUGUUCAUUUACUAAGUUAUGGUCCAGUUAGUCACAGAGACCUUGAAGCAGGUCUUCAGAACGUCCACACACAGAUAGAUGACUACGUCCACUUCAUAUGAAGUCUGUGGUUUGUAAACAAACACAUUAUGUUGUCAAGUGGAUUAUAAAUGAUGCCCAUCGGCACUCUACUGACCUGAACUCUGACCCAGGUCACAGCAUUUCCUCAUCCCGUCAGAUGAAGGCUGGAGUUGUCUCUCCUGGUAUUUAUGGGUUAGGGUUAUGAUGGGAUGUCGUGUUGAAGGUGGAAUAGAAAGUCGUUCUACUCACGACACAAACUGAACAUGAAGCUUCUGAUUCUCCUUUUACUACUUUGUUUCCUCCAAAUUAAAGUUCAGCUUUAUUCCAAUAAAUGUUUCUCUCGUCUGAUUA